AAACCGAUACAAUGAUGGUGGCCGGGGAUAUGGCGGUGGUCGGCCUCGCAGGCCAAUGCCAACGGAACCUCCCUACACAGCUUACAUCGGGAACCUUCCAAAUGGUGUUGUCCAGGGUGACAUCGACCAGAUCUUCAAAGCCCAGAGGGUACGAACAGUGAGACUGGUGUAUGACAAUGAAACUGGCAGAUUCAAAGGUUUCUGCUAUGUGGAAUUUGAAGAUGCCAAAAGUUUAGAAAAUGCUCUUUCCUUCGAUGGCGCUCUCUUUGUUGACAAGAACAUCAGAGUAGAUAUUGCAGAGUCCCGUCGUGGUGAUCGCGGCAGGGGCAGAGGAGGCCGCGGUGGUGGCGGCAGAGGUGGAGAUAUGAAUGAUUUCCGUGGUAGAAGAGAUGGAGAUGAUUUUGGUCGCUACCGAAGAGACGAUGACCGAGGAAGUAGAGGACGGGGGGGAUUCAGUGGUGGUUCUGGUUCAGCUGGUGGAAGGUAUGGCGGCUUUGAUGACCGUGGAGGCGACCGAGGAAGCUUCGGAGGACGGCCCCGCAGUGGACCUGGUGACCGAGGGGGAGCCAGACCUGAGAGUGGAGGCUACAUGAGGCGCGAUCGCAGAGACAGCGAUAGAUCCCGUAACUUUGAGGAGUUCAAGGAGCCUGAUCCUGAGGAUCUGUCUCAGAGGCCCAGGCUGAAGCUGUUGCCAAGGACCAAGACGGAUCCUGUAAAUCAGCAAGCGGAGACUUCACAGUCAUCCAGUAUAUUCGGCGGAGCUAAGCCUCGCGAGGAAAAGGGUGUGCAAGAAGGACAGGCGUAAAUUAAAGAUCUUGCAUCUCUCUCCAUCUGUAACAGAUGGAGCUAAUGUCCUGCUCAGUUGGACCUGCAUAUUUUGGUUGAGGCUUUUUUUUAUUCCUGCACUACGCUGUCUGUAUGAGGACCAUAGAUUUUGGCCCCACCCUCAGCAUUGCAUCAGUAGAGUUGGGCUGAAGCUGUCCUUGUCUACUACUGAAGCUUAGUUUUUGGUAAAGCAGUAAUGAUGUGAGAUUUGUACUGACUAUAACUGCAGUGUUAAAAUAUGCUGAGGUUAUUCAACAAGAAAAUUGUACUGUGUGGGUUUGUGUAUUGUGACAUUGAGCUUGCCCAGUGAUUAGAACUUUAUGUGGAAGUGUUUACAGACUUCAAAAAUUCCUAGACCUUUCUAAUCUCUAUUGCUUUGUAUGAGAUGUGACUACUCCAUUUGGUGUUGUGAUGGAAUGUGUGAAAUUAACUACAAUGUACUGACUAGUUUUCACACACUGUAAGCUACCAAAACCUGGUAAACUGUGGGAUCCUGAAGGUGGUGAAAUACAAACCCUUGGUAGCCGCAGAGCUUGCAUAUGAAGCCCGCCAACUUCUCCUUUUUAACCCUUCUAUGUAC